AUGUCGUCUCCGCCGGUCUAUGUACCUCCUCCGGGCCUGAGGACUCGAUUGGAGGACUUCAUGGACCAUGUGGCCAAGGUGCAUGGCGUCCGAAUAGAUUCCUAUUGGGACUUGCAUGACUUCUCGGUGAAUCGAAUGAACGACUUCUGGAUGACGUUUUGGAAAUUCGCAAAUAUCAAGGCAUCCAAGCAUCCAACUAAGAUAUUUUACGCUGUGGAUGAAAGGGCAACGAUCGAUCAGUUUCCGAAGUUCUUCGAAGAUGCGAGGCUCAACUUCGCAGAGAACAUCCUCUGCGGCGAGGACGAGGACUUCAUGAUCAUCAGCAUGAACGAGACGACCCUAUAUUCGCCGUCGAAGUACACCUGGUGGUAUAUGAGGAGAUUGGUGGCUACAUAUGCAGACGCCCUCAAACGUCAUGGAGUGAGUAGGGGAGACUUCUUGGUUUCCAUUGGCAGCAACUGCGCUCGUUCAUUCGCUAUCCUACUCGCCGCUGCAUCGAUCGGGGCUGUCAUCGCCAACUUUGCGACUGACAUCGGCGAGAAAGCUCUCAAUGACCGACUGGAUCAACUGCGACCGAGAUUGAUCAUCGCAGAGACGUCGUAUUCUUACAAUGGCAAGAUCAACAACAUCGAAGAUAAAAUCACUCGCUGUUUUCAACAGGUGUCGAAAGAGACUGCGUCCAAGCUCGUAAUCAUUGGCCCGGACAAGAACGUCUCUUGCGAACACACAACCUUCGAAACAUUCACUGCUUCCUGCAGAUCCGCGACGCUAUCAUUCGAACAAGUGCCCUUCAACCAUCCCGUGCUGGUCAUGUUCUCUUCCGGAACAACAGGCACACCCAAAGGCAUCGUCCACGGCCACGGCGGCUUGACUCUGAACGGCACAAAACAAUUCAUGCUCCACAACGGCUUCACCAAAGACGACCUGCACAUCCACUUCAGCAACAUCGGUUGGACACUCUGGAAUAUCUCCCUCGGUGCGCUCUUUUGUAAAACCCCUAUGAUCCUGUACGAUGGCUCGCCGUUCUUUCCAACGCCAGAAAAGCUUCUACGGAUCCUGUUCUCGUGUGGUGUGACGGCAUUCGGCGCGGGCCCAAGAUAUUACCAAGAAUUGCAGAAACAUAAUGUCAGACCUAAGGACAUACCGAAUAAGGUCCAUACCAUCUGCUCCACCGGCGCAGUGCUCACAUCCAGUCUCGCAUCCUGGAUCGCUGAAGCGUUCGGUCCCGUCUGCCAGUUUCAAUUCUCAGGAGGAACAGAGCUCUGCGGCAACUUCACCUCAGGGACACGUUCUCUGCCCUCGUACGCGGGAGAGUGUACAGUCAAGGAGCUGGGCAUGGAUAUCGAGGCCUUCGACUCCGAUGGCAAGCCCGUGCCCGAAGGCGAGAGAGGCGAAUUGGUCUGUCGCAAGCCCUUCCCGAAUAUGCCCGUCAUGUUCUUGAACGACCCUGCGAAGAAGAGGUAUCACGCGAGCUACUUCGAAGGAUAUCCACACGUCUUGACGCACGGCGACUUCUUCCGCAUCAACCCCUCCACCAAAGGGAUUUACGUCCUCGGCCGCAGCGACGGCGUCCUCAACCCCUCGGGAAUCCGUUUCGGCAGCGCAGAGAUCUACACCAUCCUGGACUCGCCCUCCCUGAAACCCUCCAUCAGCGAUGCCCUCGUCGUCGGCCAGCAACGUUCCACCGCCAAGUACUCCGACCCCACCGAACAAGUCCUGCUAUUCAUGAAGCCGACCCCAUCGACGUCCCUAACUCCCUCUCUGAUUAGCAGGAUUCGAGAUAGCAUCGCUAGGGAUUUGAGUAGAAGACAUGUCCCGCAGUACUUCUUCGAGGUCGAUGAGAUUCCUUAUAAUGUCAACGGGAAGAAGUUGGAGACGUUGGUGAAGAAGGUCGUGAAUGGUGGGCCGGAGGUGCUGGCGAAGCUGAAGAUGACGGAGGAUGAGGCGAGGAUGAUGGGGAAGUUUGUGGAGUAUUAUGAUGUUGAAGAGGUGGUGGGGAGGCAGCGCCGUGCUACGUCGAAGCUUUGA